AUGCGCCUCUUCACAUCCAAAUCCUCUCCCUCCCCACAUCCCUCCCAAGAAAGCCAUGAAUCCCCUCCCAAACUCGAAUCCGGGCCUGUCGAACCCCAGCCCGCAAUCGACCCCAUAAUCUCAGCGCGCGUCCGCAGAAAACUCGAUAUCCACCUGAUUCCCCUCCUCUCAGCUCUUUACCUCCUCGCCUUCCUCGACCGCAGCAAUAUCGGCAACGCGCGCAUCGCCGGCAUGGAAAAAGACCUGCGUCUCUCAUCCCCAGACUACCAAUGGCUGCUCACCAUCUUCUACAUCUCGUACAUUGUCUUCGCGCCGCUCGCGAUCAUGUGGAAAGUCGUGCCGCCGCACCGCUGGGCGGCGUUCUGCGUGCUGGGCUGGGGCGUCGUGUCGAGCGUGCAGGCCGCGACGCAGAAUUGGGCGGGCAUGAUGGCGCUGCGCUUUCUCAUGGGCGUGGCGGAAAUCGCAUAUGGGCCGGGCGUGCCCUAUCUGCUGAGUUUCUUCUACCUGCGACACGAGCUGGGGUUGAGGGCGGGCAUGUUUUUGAGUGCGGCGCCGCUGGCGAAUACGUUUGCGGGUGCGCUGGCGUAUGGGAUUACGAGUGGGAGUCCGGGGCUGGCGAAGUGGAGGGUGUUGUUUUUGGUCGAGGGAUUGCCGACGGUGUGCAUGGCGGGUGUGGCAUGGUUCUUUUUGCCGGAUAGUCCUGAGAAGGCGAGGUUUUUGACGGAUGAGGAGAAGAAUGUUGCGCGGCGGAGGGGCGUGUUGCAGGUUGGCGAUGCGAAGCGGUUGGGGGGGAUUGAGUGGAGGGAAGUAGGGCAGGGGUUGUUGGAUGUCAAGGGGUGGAUAUUGGGGCUGAUGUACUUCUCCGGCAAUGUCGCCUUCUCCUCUCUCCCCGUCUUCCUCCCCACCAUCCUGCGCGACAUGGGCUUCAGCUCCAUCAACGCCCAAGGCCUGACUGCACCCCCUUUCUUCCUCUCCUUCCUCGUCACCAUCGCAACAACUUACAUCGCCGACCGCACCCAGCAGCGUGGCAUCACAAUCGCCAUCCUGACCGCCAUCGGCGGCACGGGCUACAUCAUCCUCGCGGCCGCGCACUCCGUCGGCGCACGCUACUUCGGCGUCUUCCUCGCUGCAGCAGGCAUUUUCCCCGCCAUCGGCAACGUCUUGCCUUGGGUUACUAACAACCAGGGCUCAGACACACGACGCGGUGCGGGCAUUGUUAUUCUGAAUCUCGUCGGGCAGUGCGGGCCGCUGCUAGGUACGCGGAUGUACCCAUCCCACGAGGGGCCGCAGUACGUCAAGGGGCAUUCCGUGUGCGCGGCAUUCAUGUUUUUAUUCUGCUUUCUCUCGAUUGUCCUGCGCACGCUGCUGGUAUGGGAAAACAAGAGGCUAGACCGCAAGUACGGCACGCUGGCGAUGCAGAGACAGGCUAUGCAUGAAGCGGCGGCGAGCGGAGAGGAGAAGGAUGGCGUUGGUGUGGAGAAUUACGGGCCGUUGUUUAGACAUGUUCUUUGA